AUGUCUCCCUCCCCCCGCCGCCGGAAAAACGAUUCGUCCGAGCUCGAUGUUUUUGAUGCAUCGCGUUAUUUUUCAGGCUGCAUCGACGGCGUCGGCUUCGGGUUUGGAUACAACAGCACCGCUAUGGUUUCUCAUAGGCCCAUUAAUGCCAUGAAAAAGAGCUUGGAGAUGAUGGCUUCUAUUCCAUGCCAAAAGGUUGAAAGCACCAAUAAGGAGGAGAAGAAAUACAAGCAGCAGCCUAUCUCACCUGGAAGAAAAUUUGCCACUUUUUUCAACUCUUUAUUUCAACAAACACCUUCUAAGAAGAGGCAGAACCAGAAACCUGUAGAGCAAGUGAUAGAUCAAAGCAACGAAGAAAGAAAAAUACAUUCAGAAAACAAAGGGAAUAAGUUUUCAAAAAGCUUGAAAUCCUUCAAUGGUGCUGCAGUUGGGGAGAAGAAAUGGCUUCUGAGAAGAAAUGGUGAUGAGUUCUUGUUGAGGAAAAGGGAAGAAGAUGGGAUGAGGGAGAAGAAGAAGAAGAAGAAGAGAAGAGAUGAAGAGAAUGGUGAUGAUGAGAGUGACUCGAGCUCUGAUUUGUUUGAGUUGAAGAGCUAUGAUUUUGGUGAUUUUAGUUGCAGACUGCCUGUUUAUCAGACUGCUAAUGCUGGGUUUAUCAGAAGGGGGACUUCUGUUUCUGCUAGUUUUGCAUUCUAAAAGUUUAUCUUUUAGAUACUUAGUCUUAUUCUAGUUCUUGUUUGCACUUUG